AUGACGAAGGCCUAUGUCGCUGUCGCUCUUGGACUUAUGCUGCUCAAAGUGUGCACGUGGGCCGUCCUGCUGCGCCCGCACGUCAGUCUCCUGCUCAACAGUCUCUACUGUACAGCCACUGCAUUCAUGUUCUGGAGCUACGCACAGGCGCUGCGCCAUUGGCCCCCAACAAGAGCCGAAGAGAGACCUCCUCGCACACGUCCGCCGCGUCCCUUGGACCUGCCCGAGCCAUUCACCCGCUACUGCGAGCGCUGUGACGCCGACAAAGCUGCAGACGUUCAUCACUGCUCCGUGUGCCAUCGAUGCGUCUACCGCAUGGACCACCACUGCCCCUGGACGGGCACUUGUGUGGCGUGGCGCAACAAAAAGGUCUUCCUGCUCUUCCUCCUGUACACGUCCCUGAGCUGCUGGGCAUUUAACCUCAUGGCUUCUCGCGCAAUAAGAGCCGCAGUGGCCACGACCACAAGUGCCGCGUGGCUGCUCAAGUGUGGCUGGAUCUUGACGCUGAGCAUCGGCUCGCUGCUUGCGGGGUACUUUGUCUUUCAUCUGUGGCUGCUGCGAGAAGGCAAGACGACACUGGAGUUUCUCACUGGAAAGCCCGGCGAGCUGGUCGACUGCAGCUUCAAGCACAAUGUGACAGUGUACUUCGGCCGUGCCAUGUGGGAGUGGUGGAUACCGACAACGCCGAUACUGGAUGCUGCAAUAGCGGGAAGAGAACGUGAUGAGGCCGAUGAACGCGAGACGCUAGCACAGCUUGUUGUAACGGAAUAG